CUUGUUACAUUAUUCAAACUGACAAGCAGUCAAGAUAUACACCCACCACACCCACAUAAUUCAUAAAGAGAAAUUAAACAGGAGAUGGAGAAUGAAAUGAAACAGUCAAAAUUCAAGAAUAUUUGUGUGUUCUGUGGGAGUAGCACUGGAAAAAAGAGUAUCUAUAAGGAGGCUGCAAUUGAGCUUGGAAGAGAACUAGUAUCAAGAAAAAUAGACCUGGUUUAUGGAGGAGGCAGCAUUGGUUUGAUGGGUUUGGUCUCUCAAGAAGUCCACAACGGUGGUCGUCAUGUCCUUGGAGUGAUUCCCAAGACAUUAAUGCCGAGAGAGAUAACUGGUGAAACAGUAGGAGAGGUGAAGGCAGUGGCAGAUAUGCAUCAGAGGAAAGCUGAGAUGGCCAAACAUUCUGAUGCCUUUAUUGCUUUACCUGGUGGCUAUGGAACGCUAGAAGAGCUGCUUGAAGUCACUGCUUGGGCUUAUCUUGGAAUACAUGAUAAACCGGUAGGAUUAUUGAAUGUGGAUGGUUACUACAAUUCCCUCUUGACAUUUAUUGACAAAGCAGUAGAGGAAGGAUUCAUCUGUUCCAACGCCCCCAAAAUUUUUGUAUCAGCUCCUAAUGCCAAGGAACUUUUAAAUAAACUCGAGGGGUACUUUCCAAGUGAUGGAACUGUUGCCUCAAAACUUAAUUGGGAAAACGAGGAGUUGGAUUAUUCCCAAGAUAGUUCUACUGGCUAAUUAAUUGUGUUCCUCCAUGCAUGAGAAGCAAAGAUGGAUAAUGUCACCUCAGAAGACUAAUUUUUAGAACAAUCAGGAAUUUAACUUACUUGCAGUUGACUUUUUCUUAUUUUUUUAGUCAUGCUUGAUUCUUCUCGAUCUAGUAACUUUUGUGUUAAUAAUGAUUAUGAUGGUUUAUAUUUGUUUUAUUAAUCUGGAAAUCAAGCUACAACAACUACCUCUA